AUGGUGGUAAGUGAAGAGGACGCCAAAAGGGGCGUAGUAGCCGGUGCUGGUGCUGGCUUUGGUGCUGGUGCUGGUGCUUCUCGUUCUGCGACCAGUAGGGGAGCAAGCAAUGUCGGUUCUGCCACUGUCCAGCCUGCUGCUCCUCAAAACUCAUCACAAAAGAAGCUGCAGGGAGGUCAGACACAAAUGGAACAGAUGCGGAGCGGGAGCGGACCGAAGAAAAGCGGCCUAGAUCAAGGCCAGCAGGCGGUCGUGGUUCUUGGUUCUGCUGCUGCCAGUACUACUGGCAGCGAGCAGCCAGUUCCAACUCACCAACAGGGGUCGGUUGGGUCGUCUGGAUCACUUUCUUCGUUAUCGUCUGGUGCCCCUGCCCCUGGAUUUGGUGGACCUGGCCUUGGGCCUGGAUGGUCUAGCCGUAGGGGUUCAGCAACACCCUCGGUAACAGCAACAGCAACAGCCGUGGGAAUAGCAGCAACCACCAGUACCAGUCCCGAUCCCCGCUCAGGCAGCAGCUCCUUUAGCAUGGGCAAUAGUCGAAGCAGUAGCAAGCUGUCUCUUGCUGGUAAUGGCGCUGGUAAUGGUGGUGGCACUAACGAUGCCACCAUCCGCGCAGCAGCAUCGGCUACUAAGACCAAACUAGCCAAGAGGGUGGACGACCAACACGCUCAUAUGCUCAUGCGCAUCGUCAGCAAGUUCAGCAGGAGCUAG